AUGCUCCCGGCGUUUCCAGCUCCGGGAGCAAAUAUCUAUCGCUCCAGCUUCUCUCUUGCAGCAAAUUUUCGUACCACCAGCCUCUUGUUACGUGAUUUUGGGGCCCUUUUGGAUUCCCUACAAGAUCACAGCACGAGACUGAUAGAGGACAACAUGGCAAUCCUUGAGUUGCUAUUGAAUGCAUCCUUUUGUCAUGCUUUCUUCUUCCAAACCAGGGUCCUUCUUAAGAGCCACUUAUCAUAUAGCUGGGAACCCUUACCGCACCAAACCACCCUCCCUCAAGAAAAGGUUAUUUUAGGAGGCAUUCUGGGCGGCUAUCAAUCGUAUGUCAAGUGGAUACAGCAGGAGUGCGAGUUCUUCACCAGAUCUUCCGGCGACUUUAUUGUUCAAAGGCAUACGUUUGCCAUUCUCAAGGCCAUGCAACUCCAGGCAAGGCUGGUUUUUUUGGCGUUCAACCAGAACAGUCAGGACAUAGAUAACAUUAUUGUUGAGCUGCAAAAGCUUAAAGAGUUCUACGACAACCCAUACGGCACUUUAGAGGCUCCUCUAGUCGUCACAGAAAAGCAGUUACAUACUAAAUUUCAGAAACUUAUCAACAUAUCACGUUCUCUUGCGGAAGUACAAACAGCCAUGGAAUUGAGUGCCAAAGAGACACAAAAUCUGUGUCGGCAAGAUGCCAACUUUCUUUCAGUAUAUCUAUCACAAAAUUCUGCCGCAUCACUAAGUCAAGAGGCACUGGGAACUACUGUCAAAAGAUAUAAAGAAAGCAAGACUGUGCGAGUGUACAGGGAAGAGCUGGCGUCCAUAGACUUCUAUCGGCAUCUUCCUCUUUUUGCACGUGGAUCCCUCGUCUCUGUGGCCCAUAAAUUGAACAGCAGGCUAUGUUAUUGUCGCCAUAGCACCUUCCGCUUACUUCAAGUGGGAGAGUAUCGUUAUGGACAUAGAUACGCUCAGGUGAUUAAGUCUAAGUACAGUGACAGGUUUCUAGACUUUCAGGAAAUAUUUAUGCUGCAGGACGCUCUGGACAAGCAAAGCAUAGGGGCAUAUAGCACGACGAAACUUCUUAUUCUGGGGCUCCUCUUGGCUGGUAAGCAUGACACGGCACGUAAGGAAAUCAUUGAGCUGCUAGAAAAGAUGAGCACCGUAGACAUCAUUCUUACCGAUUGGCUUUAUAUCUGCGACGAUUGCAUAAUGCACGUUUCUGCCUCAGACGCUCUAAAGAGACACGCCACCAUGCUCUCUAAUGGGGACAGCUACCUUCCGCUUCUAAGGGUACUGGGCAUGAUGCACUACUCUGUACACACCUACACAUCGACAACAGUCAAUCCAUCAGAGCUUUAUGAGGACCUCAAGAAUCCUGAACGCCAUUGGCACCGUGUUGGGAGCCAGGAGAGUGAUAACUUGAAGGUCCUGCUGCUAGGAACUACCAGCACGGUGCUUAUGGAAGUGGCGGUUCAAUCUAUGCGAUGGAUUUUUCAUAGACUUGCUCUAUCUCUAGCAGACCCCAUAGGCUCCCCCUUCUCCUUAGUCCAGCACAUCAUCCUUCUUUUCAAUCUCUUGCUUAUCCCCUUAGACAUGUUGCUUGUCACUGCUAAAGAGGAGCACAGGACGGAGCUCAAGAAAGCUUUGUAUGUGGCAGCUCCACACCUCGACGCCGUCAUAGAUUUGAUCCUAGAAGGAAAACAUGGAAUACUGUUCAUUGUAAAAGGCUCUGGGUAUGCUGGGCUCAUGACAGUUGUGCGUCUGGUGGCAGAGACGACCAUGGAGCAAUACUAUAGUGACCUCUACACCACCCUACUCAAACAUUUAAGCAUGGAAAGCGUGCCACCAGCUACUCGACGUCUCAUAGAAAGAUAUACUUUAAUCUCAAUUUAA